AUGGACUCAGAGCUGACAGAGUACCAUGUGGUCAUGGAAGCAGGAAGUGAGGCUCUACACCUAAUCCACUUACCUGCUACGAGCAACGUAACAGAGAAUGCUCUACCUGAGACUUCAGUGCACAAGUUUUCUGUGAAAUUAUCAGCAUCACUGUCACCUGUGAUCUCACGGUUUCCCCUAAUAAUCAACUCGAAUCCUCUCACCGAAGCCUUCAGGGUGAACAGGCUGUCAGACACUGACUUUGAGGUUGUCACCACUGGGAAGGAGCAACUAGAUUUUGAAACAGGACCAAAGAUAUUUGAUUUGCAAAUUUACAUUAAGGAUGAUGUUGGUGCCACUGACCUGCAGGUCCUAACUGUCCAGGUAACAGAUGUGAAUGAGCCACCUCAGUUUCUAGGCAACUUGGCCAAAGGUCAAGACCUCUACAUAGUGGAAGGAGCAAACCCUGGAUUCAUUUACCAGGUUGAGGCCUUCGAUCCAGAAGACACAAGUCGAAACAUACCCCUCAGUUAUGCCCUGGUUUCUACCACAAAGAACUUCAGAAUGUCUGCUGAUGGUAACUUCUUCUCCACAACAGAAUUUGACUUUGAAGCAGGACACAAUAGUCACGAUCUCAUCGUGGAAGUGAGAGACAGCCAAGGGCUCAGAGCCUCCACAUCACUGCAGGUGAACAUCGUGAACAUCAACGAUGAAACCCCGCGCUUCACCAGCCCAACUCGAGUGUAUGUGAUUCCAGAGGAGCUGGGUCCAGGAACCAUUGUGGCCAAUGUCACAGCUGAGGACCCUGAUGAUCAAGGUUUUACCAGCUUCCUCCUCUACAGCAUCACUACUGUUAACAGCUAUUUCAUGAUAAAUCAGUUGACUGGUACCAUCCAAGUGGCCCGCAGGCUAGACCGAGAUGCGGGCGAAUUAAGACAAAAUCCUACCAUUUCUCUGGAAGUUCUGGUGAAGGAUAGACCUUUUGGGGGUCAAGAGAAUCGCAUGCAGAUAACCUUCAAGGUGGCGGACAUUAAUGACAACCCUGCUACUUGCAGCACGUUCACCUUCAGCAUUUUGGUGCCUGAAAGAGCGGCCAAGGGAACGUCACUUCUGGACCUGAACACAGUCUGCUUCGAUGGUGACAGUGAAGCACCAUACAGCCAGUUCAACUUCACCACACCAUCUGGAGUGGGGAGCAGCAGCAGAUUUUUACAGGAUCCAGCUGGCUCUGGGAAAAUUGUGUUGAUUGGUGAUCUAGAUUAUGAAAAUCCAAGUAAUCUAGCAGCCGGCAAUAAAUACACUGUGGCAAUCCAGGUGCAGGAUGUUGCCCCUCCUUACUAUAAAAAUAACAUCUACCUUUAUGUCCUGACAAGCCCAGAAAAUGAGUUUCCUCUUCUCUUUGAUGGGCUGCCCUAUGUAUUUAACGUGUCAGAAAUAAGCCCAGCUGGAACUAGGGUUGGACAGGUGCGAGCCUCUGAUAAAGACUUCCCGCAGAGCAGCAUCUUGUACUCCAUCUCCACUGGAGGGGCCAGCCUCCGGUAUCCAAACAUAUUUUGGAUUAAUCCCAAAAUGGGAGAACUCCGGCUGGUGACUAAAGUGGACUACGAGACAACUCCCAUCUAUAUUCUCCGAAUCCAGGCCACCAACGGCGAGGACACGAGCUCAGCCACUGUUACUGUGAACAUCCUGGAUGAAAAUGAUGAAAAGCCAAUUUGUAUCCCAAACUCUUAUUUCCUGGCCAUCCCAGUGGAUCUGAAAGUUGGCACAAAUAUUCAAAAUUUCAAGCUGACAUGUACUGAUCGUGAUUCCAGCCCCAGGUCUUUUCGUUACUCCAUUGGCCCAGGUAAUGUCAACAGUCAUUUCACCUUCUCUCCCAAUGCUGGGUCCAACGUUACACGCCUGCUCCUUGCAACUCCCUUUGACUAUACUGGUGGGCUUGAUACGAACUGGGACUACAACCUACUCAUCUACAUAACUGAUGACAACUUGCUGUCCAGCAGGAAGAAAGCAGAGGCUCUUGUUGAAACAGGGACAGUGACGCUGAGUAUUAGUGUCAUUCCUCACCCAACCACGAUUGUCACCACGGCCCCCAGGCCCAGGAUCACCUACCAGAUCCUGAAGAAAAAUAUAUAUUCUCCAUCAGCGUGGUACGUGCCUUUUGUCAUCACUCUGGGCUCCAUAUUGCUUCUGGGUCUCCUUGUUUCCCUGAUCAUCCUGUUGGCCAAAGCCAUCCACACACACUGUCCCUGCAAGACUGGGAAGCACAAGAAGCCUCUGGUGAAGAAAGGAGCCAAAAUGAAGUCUACUAAGGGAGAAGUCGUGGUGGAAACAAUCCAGAUGAGCACUGUCUUUGAUGGAGAAGCCAUAGACCCAGUUACUGGGGCAAAAUAUGAAUUCAACUCAAAAACUGGAGCCAGAAGGUGGAAAGAUCCCUUACCGGAAAUGCCACAGUGGAGAGAGUCUGGACCCCAAGGAGCUGCACUGAGCAGAGCGGUCUCUGAGGAAGGGACCAGGCCACUGAGGAGCACCGACAAGGAAGGAGAUGGGCUGAGUGGCCAAGCGCAGGCAGAGGCUGCAGGCCCUGGUUUCAGAAGCCAGGAUGGCAAGCCAGGCAUCCCAAAGAACAGAAACGCAGCCCUCUCGAGCAGGUCUUCCCCCAUGCUGCACCCAGGAAUUUAAGCAGUCUGGUUGCUGGUCCCAUGGCGGAGCACAGGGGAGGGACCUUUACUGAGGGAGGGACCUUGACCCUAAAUUCCAUGAGGGCAUUUGAGUUUCCAUAAAAGUCGAAAUGUGGCCUGAAGGGACUUGGAGAUCCAGAGUCCCAAGUGGGAUGUUUAAAACAACGGAAAGGGCUUCGAUCGCUUAGCUACCUUUUUCUGAGAUGGUACAGAAGAAACUUCUCUCAGGUCUCUGUGCUUCUGAUCAGCUGGACUGUUACCUUUCGGAUGCAGAACCGUUGUGCUGCUUCUUCCCGUUGACUGCUGGGAAACUCCAUUCGGAUCACGCCUAGGAAGUGUGCAGAGCUCCCUGACAUAAAUGCCAAGAACCUCCCUCACAUCCGAUUUCACCUUAUUUUGCUGGCCUCAUUUUACUGUCACCCAGAUUUCAACACCAUACACCUUUGUAAGUCACUGGAAAUCUUUUUCAAAAGAAGCAGGGCAGUGAAAAAAAGUGAGCAAGUGAAUAAUGAGCUGUUUA